AUGGAUAGCUGGUUUAUAGAAAAAAAUGUUGAAGAAAAAACCUGUAAAACGGAUGAUCAGAGGCGAAUACAUGUAUCAGAAACCUAUGAAUUAACGUCUUGCAUUGAACAAAAUCAUAAUUUUCAAGAAAAUCUUGAAAUAUUAAAACCGAAAGAUCCAGUUGGAAGUCUUUCCAUAUAUGAUGAAUAUUUCAACAAAGAAUAUCAGACAUUUCGCUUAUUAUCAACAGAAAUGGAAGAAGGUGCAGCCUAUGGUUCUGAAUCAUUUCCAAGCUCUUUUCUAGGUUUAUUAAGAAAAAAUGUAAUACUACAGCAAGAAAUUUAA